AUGACUUCCCAGAAUGAUGAACGACUGAGCAUGGAGCUUGAGCUCCUUCAGUCUAUCUUUCCAGAACAAGUUGUCUUCAUCGACAAAGGGCGAGAACUCAAUUACACUUCCGAAGCAGGGAAUUUGACGCUACGCCUGCCCGAUGGCUAUCUACAAGAUUCUCUUCCAGACGUUGUCUCCGCCAGUGCAGGAAAGCAAGACCUGAGAGAUGAAGUCAAGCGUCGUGUUCAGCAACGUGACGUGGGCGAAGAAGUUCUAGAUGCCAUUAUCAACGACUUCAUAGAUCUGAGCAAAGACAGUGCUUCAGUUGCUGCCACGCCUCAGCAAUACCACAAUACCGCCGCGAGCGAUGGCACAGCGACUAUCAUUGUCUGGCUUCACCAUCUCCUCAACACCAACAAGAGAAAAUUAGCUCUACAUCCAGCAGCAUCUGUCUCUGGUAUUACCAAACCUGGAUAUCCAGGCGUUCUGGUCUAUUCUGGUCCCGCAAAAGACGUCCAUGAGCAUAUCAACGAGCUCAAAUCGCAGAACUGGCAGGCCUUCCAGUCUCGGCUGGAGACAGAAGACGAGUGGGUUUUCAAACAUGGCAAGGGCGUAGUGGAAGUCGAGGCUAUGAAGGACAUUGUAGCUGAAAUUGGCGAUGAAAGAAAAGAUGAGUUCAUGGAAGCUAUGAGGAUGAAGUAA